AUGUCGCCUAUCACGCAGUCUGCCGGGACUGGCCUGGGAAUUGUUGGCGAUGGCAAGGGCUGGUCGGGCGGAAGCACGCGGCCUGAUGGUGAGGCGAACCAGCCUCAGAGCAUCAAGGAGAAGAGGCCUAAAGUCUUUCUCGAGGUCGAGCUGCACAAACGCAAGCUUGGCCGCAUCGUCCUAGAGCUUUUCGGUGACGUCGUCCCAAAGACCGUUGAGAACUUCCGUUGUCUUUGCACGGGUGAGCGUGGAGUCAGUGCCGUGUCUGGCAAGCCUCUGUGCUUCAAGGGCAGCAGGUUUCACAAGAUCAUCCCAGGCAAGAUCAUCCAAGGUGGCGACAUCACGAAAGGGGACGGUUCGGGUGGAGACUCCAUUUACAACCAGGAUGGUGACGGAACCUUUGGAUGUGAGAACUUCAAGCUUAAGCAUGACCGCCCCGGCUUGGUGUCUGCCCCGGGCAAUUGCCUGCUACGUCUAAUGAUUCUAGUGACACUCGUUGCCAUGAGCAUGGAUUCGGAGAGGGGGACUUUUCACGGAAAGUGCUCGGAUGAGGUCUCUAUGGCCCACAAGCGAGGUGAGGAGGGGAAGCAGUGUUCUCAGUUCUUCUUCAUCUCCAAGGCGGAGCCCAAGCUUGAUGGCAAGCACACGGUUUUCGCCAGAGUCAUCGAAGGCAUUGACAAGCUGUCGAAGCUCGAGUCCAUGGGCACGAAGGGUGGCACACCCCUCUUCGAGGCCGUCAUCUGCGACUGCGGGGAGCUGGAGUCCGAGGCGCUGCGGACGCGGAAGCGUAAAGCAGAAGAGGUGCCCCUGCCUCCUGGCUGGAAGCGCAAAGAGUCUCGUUCAAAGGCGACGGCUCUGGCCUUCGCAGUGUUCAUCGCCGUCCGGAGCUUCCACCCAGCGCGGCCUUCAGACGUGAGAAUCAUCAUCGACAUCUCGAAGACAGACGGCAAGCUUCCCUAUGGCAAGAUGGCCGUCUUGGAGUUUGAGAUGCAGAGUUUAAAGGAGGAGCUGCGCGAGUACGAUCAGCAGCUGCCCUGCUGGUCUGCGGAGUUGGCCGCUGCAGAAGAGUGGGCACAGCAUGUGGAGUCCGAAGCAGAUGAAGCUGAGGCAGAGAAGCACCGCUUGACAGAGGAGCUUUCAGAGAUGCAGUUCAGCGGCCUUUCUCCAGCCAGCAGCGCCUGCGAGAGAGACUUUGAAGCUGCCAUGGGACACCAGCAGAUGGGGAUUGCACACCACGACUUCGAGGAGCCCUUGCCGAUCCCUCCCUCCACCUUUGAUGGGGUCUCAGACGCGGGGCUUCAAGAACGACGCCGCAUCGCCGAGCAGCGCUUGGAUUGGGAAACGUCCCGCCGUGAGCUGGCUGUGGCGCACCUCCGCCAGCAGCACCUGCAAUCGGCCGACGAGGCUCUGGCCGCCGGCCGCGCGGAAGCGGAGGAACUCCGUGCGGAGCUGGCAGAGGCGGAGCACGAGGGCCGUGAGCUGAUGCGCCAGCGCCAGGUGGCCGAGGAGCAGGAGCUCCCCUUGCGCGAGUGGGUGCAGCACGUGGAGGGCCAGGUCAACGCGGCACGGAACGAGAACGCACGACUCUCUGCGGCGCUCUCCUCCACCUUGGCCUUCCGUGCCUCACUACUCUCGGACGACUCGGAGGCUCAGCCUCUGAGAGACGCGGGCAUGAAUGUUCAACAGGUGCAGUGGCUCAGGGACCAUGAAAGGAGCUGCUUGACAAGAAAGGCACAGCUCAAGGAGGAGAUCGCGGCAGAAGAGAAGCGCAGGGACGAGUUCCUGAAAGAGGCCUGGCAACACCGGGCCAUCGCAGAGGAGCGGCAUAGGCGCUUGGGCGUCCCCGGAAAUCUUCCAAACAUUCUCCAGACGCCUUCACAGGUCCUCCGGCGACCCCCGGGUUCUGCCAUAUCUGCUUCGGGCUCUGUCUUGGGAUCGCCAAAGUUUCCCUACUCCACGCGGCCCGACAUGUCAUCAACAUCCAGGAGCUGGUUGUCUGUUCCGAUCCCCCCGAUCCCCUCCGUUGGGUCCAUCCGCUCUGUGAAUUCAGUGACCUCGCCGGUACCGAUGAGGGAGCUCGGCGAACGCCGAUCGGCGGUGGAUGCGAGCUUCAGUAGCCAAAGAAGCCCAGUGGACCUCGAAGACGUGCUUAGCGACGACGACCAGCCAGAUUACUGGCACAGUGGCUGGGCCCAAGAAGGUGAAAAGGAGAGCCGGUGCCUGUCUCUACAAUAG